AUGUCCUUCCCGCUUAACAUGAUCAGCCAAACAGGAGAUGAAAUCAAGACAUACCUCAGAUGGGACGAGCGGAAAAAUAUGCAGCAUGUAGCCUUCGCAACUAAAAUCGACGUCGCUCACAGUGGUGUCCUAGACUCUACCCAGAGCGCCUACGCUACGUUUCUAGAAUCUACACCCCCAGAGCCUAGACCUCAGAUCGAAAAGUCCGACAUCGUAUGGUCUCGACUUUUAACCCUCUAA